GUGCACCACGCGUGUUGGUACAUUGCCCGCGAAUUUCUCACCAUCGCACGGCGAACAACUUGUACAUCAAUUGCCACCCUCUCUCGUUGUGUCUGGAUGCCGCACAUGGCGAAACGGGAUGGCAAAAAUGCCCAACGACAACGUCAACAACAGCAUCGUCAUUGUGCCAAGGGCAGUAAGCUGCUGAACAUCGUUGAUGCACACGAUAUCGCGUACUGGAGCCAGUGGCGUCUAGCCAUACACGGGGUUUGCGCCCGAUUUGAAGCAGCGGCACAGGUCGAAGCGGAUGCAUGGUCUCGAGAACGACUGGAUCAUGUCAGCAUCUCAAGGCAGCAGGCGUUGAGCAGCGAAGUGAGACAUCUCGAGACGCAGCUCGGCAAACACACGAGCAUGAAUGCCAAGCUCGAGGCGGCGUUGUGCGAAAACGCGGGCGCACUGGCCACGGCAGAGUCAGCAAGGAUAGCGGCAGCAGCUACUGUCAGCCGAUUGCAGGCCCAGAUAUCCUACGACCAAGAGACAGCGAAGGCCUCGGCCAGAGAUCUGGAAGAGAAGAUAUCCCUUUCCACCAUCGCAUACCAAGGCCUAGAAGAAUCGCUCCAGCAGGUACAGGAGGCCAAGCGCCAAGCUGAAGCAAAGUGUGAGGGGUUGUUGCGAGAGUCGGCUAGAACAGACGAGGAAUUGAGAGAGGCAAGACUGGCGAUUUCCAGAGCGCUUGAGGAAGCGCGAGCAGAGAAGGAGAGGAGAGAGGCGCUACAGUCUGAUCUGACGGCCCUUCGUGAGAAGUACAGCGCUCUGAAGAGACGUUUCGUCGACGCGGGAAGAAAAGUUGAAGCCGUGCGUGGCGAACGAGAUGCCUUGCGGCAAGAGCGUGCAACGCUACAAGACAAGCUGGCGGACGUGGAAAAGUUCCAGAGCUCAAACCGAGGGCAGGCGUUGGAUCGAAUGGAGCAGGACCUUGCCUCCGAACGGAUGCAAAGGGUAGAGCUAGAGGCGGACAGAGACGACCUCCAGUCACAGUUGGCAGCCGCUCUUCAGGCAGCAGCGCGUUCGUGGCCGUCAUGAACAUCUGCUGUCAGCACUCUGGCUGUUUUGGCAGCCACGAUCCACGAGGUCCAAGCCAGAUCCUUUUGACAUGUAAAUCCUGAGAGCUUGAUGGGGGCGCACGCGGCUGUACGCUUGGUAGUAG